AUUCUUCAGUUUGAUACCUUUUAACUUUCAAACUUUCUAUCAAAACCCAAACUAUCCAAGCUACCUAGCAUCCUCCCCUACUCCCCUGCCAUGGCUAUUUCAGGUUUUCAGAUUGCUUUAUCCAUCCUAGGUCUUUACGGCCUGUAUUUAAUAUGGGAUCUAAUAAGAUACCGGUAUGCCAUACACAAAGCCGGUUGCAGCACUGCUGUGCGAUAUCACCACAGAGAUCCAAUUUUUGGAUUGGACCUAUUCCUUAAGUGUGUCGCCGCCAUGAAGGAGGGGUGUGGAUGUAGACCAAUACCUGUUUAGCAAGUACGGAAAAACAGUCUUAACAAAUGCUUGGGGGAAAAAACAGUAUGUCACUAUGGAUCCUCGGAAUAUCCAAACGGUUUUAGCAACAGAAGUGGACAAGUUUGGUGCUGCCCCCAUGAACUAUGCAGUCAGCCGGCCAUUACUCGGUGAGGGCAUCAUGAACACAGAUGGUGCACGAUGGAAACUCUCUCGCCAGUUUAUCAACCCCAUCUUUACUCGGGCUCAGGUCUCUGAGUUGUCCACAUUCGAAAUCCAUGUUCGGCGGAUGAUAGAUCGGAUCCCUCGUGAUGGCUCAACGAUCGACCUUCAGCCAUUAUGCAAAGCACUUUACCUUGAUAGCACCACGGAGUUCAUUUUUGGGAAAUCUGCAAAUUCGCUAUCCCCUGAAACCAGCAAUGUUAUUGCACGGCGGCUCCCAGAAAUUUUCGAUGAUGCACUGCGAAGCAUGCUGACGCGAUUUCUCCUUAGCAAAUUUAAAUUCCUUGCCAGAAACGAAAAGGCAUGGGCGCGGCAAUGUGCUGAGGUUCACUCCAUUAUUGACAACUACAUUGAAGAGGAUAUUGAGGAGAGAAAGAAGGCUGUUGAGUCACAAGACACACCAUACAAGUACGUUCUUUUAAGGGAAUUAAGCAAGGCUACCCACGACAAGCUCUUCAUUCGGAACGAGUUGAUGAAUAUAUUUUUCCCUGCACGAGACUCGGCAGCUGUUCUUACAAGUAAUGCUGUCUUCUUGUUGGCAAGGCACCCCAAUGAGUGGAACAAAGCUCGAGACGAAGUAUUGAGCAUUGGGGCUGAGAAGUUGACAUUUGAGAAGUUGAAGUCUCUGAAAUGCGUGCAUCAUGUUAUUAAUGAGAGUAAGUUGUAGUUCUAUCCGAGUACUCGCUCACAAUGUUCUAGGGUCACCAAUUCAAAUUUCCAAUACUGAGAUGCUUUUAGCUCUUCGAAUGUUCAGUCCCGUGGUCCGCAGCUGGAAAACCUGCCUCUCUCCAGCGGUGUUGCCUCAUGGCGGAGGUCCGCUAGGAAAGGACCCGAUUCUUCUAGAGGCUGGAGACCAAGUAGAUAUGGCAUUUGGUUCUAUGCAUAUGGAUAAGGACAUAUAUGGUAGCGAUGCCCAUGAAUUCAAGCCAGAUCGCUGGGAGGGUCGCAAGCAGGAUUGGGGAUACAUACCGUUUCUCGGCGGAAGGCGCAUUUGUCCUGCGCGGCAAAACGUCUUGACAGAUGUUUCUUAUGUAUUGGUGAGAUUGAUGCAGGAGUUUAAAGCCUGUGAAAAUCGUGAUCCGUGUCAUGAAUAUUUGUCAACACAAGUGUUCACAAAGGAGAGCAGGAAUGGAUGUAAGGUUUCAUUUGUCCCUGCCUAGUCAGUGAGCAUGGGGUCCUU